CUUUGGAGCUGCUGUUGCACAAAAUCUUCUUGGUCUCCGAUAUUUCAAACAAACACAGCGAGGGUAUUUUUUCCAUCUGCUUGAUUCAUGUAUUAUUUACGUCAAAUAACAGGAGACCACUCCAGCUCUCCUGUCGUCUUCAAGUCCUCACAUUAUACAAACGCAUGCACGCGCGCGCGCACACACAGUGCCCAGUGACGUCACUGGCCUGCGGACAUCUCCACACUGUCACUUUAAACUCCGGUGUUGUAUGGGUGGGCGUGUGCGCGUGCGCGCGCUGUUGAGCUCGGGCUCGUCUGCAGCAGAUUGAAUGGAGCGCGUUCGCAGGCUGCUGCUGGCCACACGGAGGAAGCCGCAGACGUGUACAGCGGGAAGGCAUCGCUAUGGUUUUGGGGCUAGGGCGGAUAUCUCCAGUAGCCCCCACCACCACAACCACCACUCCGCCCCCCCACUCUGCCUUGGAGGAAGCAAUCACCGCCGUGACGGUCCGUGGACUGGCAGCUCUCCGCGCGGAUGAUAAAGAACUUGGGACGGGGAAACGGUCAAGAUGGCAGCUUGGUACGGAGCGAUGACGCCGAUGUGGAGGCAUUAGGCCAGCGCGUUCUCCUCUCCCCCCUUUGGGCAUGCACGUUUCGCAGAGGAAGACUGCCCGCCGACUCUUUCACUCUUUUAACUCGCAUUUCGCGCAAAUUCCAAUGCAACGAGCUGCGUGUGCUGCGGAUAGACGCCCCGCGGGAGGACGCACGGACGGACACGUGCUUUAAACAUUUGCAUACCGUGCAUGGUAAUUGAACCGUUUCUGAAACCGUGCACGCAACAUUGAUGGAAUGCGACCCGAGUGAUUUUAGAACCCUUUGUGCAGCGACCGACAUAUUGCGAUUAACAUGGCUGAGGCGCCGCGCCGCGGCGACGAGUCCCCCUCCGCCGUGGAGAUCGAUCCGGAUUUCGAGCCUCAGAAGCGGCCGCGGUCCUGCACUUGGCCGCUGCCCCGUCCGGAGUCCGGCGCGGACAAGCCCGGAACAAAUGACACUGACGUAAUCCCCGAGGAAGAGGAUGACGACGAGCACGAGGGUGGCGGCGCGCAGAGCGGCGACGCUCAGAAAGUCGGCGGCCGUGGUGGUGAUGGUGGUGGUGGUGAUGAUGAUGAUGAUGAUUAUAUUGCUGGUGCUGGGUCUCGCGUGUCUCCCAGCGGCUCAGUCUCCCAGCCCGUGGAGGUCCAGCGCGGUGCCCGCAAGGAGGAGGCCGCCGACGGUUCGCCCUCCUCGGCGCAGACCCCUGCGGCGGCUCUGGGCGGCUCCGCCUCCCAGCAGCUGAGGAAGUCCUCCGCCCGCAGGAACGCCUGGGGCAACUACUCCUAUGCAGACCUCAUUACGCAGGCCAUCGAGAGCUCCCCCGAGAAGAGGCUGACCUUGUCCCAGAUCUAUGACUGGAUGGUGCGCUCUGUGCCAUAUUUCAAGGACAAAGGCGACAGCAAUAGCUCCGCUGGCUGGAAGAAUUCCAUCCGACACAACCUGUCCCUCCAUAGUCGCUUUGUGAAAGUCCAGAAUGAAGGGACGGGGAAGAGCUCCUGGUGGAUGGUCAACCCAGAAGGCGGCAAAGGAGGCAAGGCUCCCCGGCGCCGCGCCGUAUCCAUGGACAACAGCAAGUACAUCAAAGGGGCCCGAGGACGCGCCAACAAGAAGAAAGCCUCGCUGCAGGCAGCUCAGGAAGGCAGCUCGGAGAGCUCCUCCAGCCUCUCCAAGUGGACAGGAAGUCCCACCUCCCGCAGCAGCGACGAGCUGGACGCCUGGACGGACUUCCGCUCCCGGACCAACUCCAACGCCAGCACGCUCAGCGGCCGCCUGUCCCCCAUCCUGGCCAACCUGGAGCUGGACGAGGUGGGCGAUGACGACUCGCCCCUGUCCCCGAUGCUGUACUCCAGCCCCAGCAGCAUGUCCCCGUCCACGGGGCCCACGGGGCUCUCCGACCUGGCGGGCACCAUGAACCUCAACGACGGGCUCUCCGACAACCUGAUGGACGACCUAUUGGACAACAUCAGCCUGACGGCGUCCCAGCAGCCCCCCCCCGGGGAGGAGGAGGAGGAGGAGGGCGGCGGCGGCGACGAGGCCCAGGGCGGCUCGGUGUUCGCCUUCAGCUGCUCGGGGGGCGGUCUGGGGAACCCCCUCUUCAGCCCGCCGUCCAUCACCAGCCUGCGCCAGUCGCCCAUGCAGACCAUCCAGGAGAACAAGCAGACCACCUUCUCCUGCAUCUCGCACUUCGGCGACCACCAGGCGCUGCAGGACCUGCUGAGCCUGGACUCGCACGGCCACAGCAACGUGAUGCUCACCCAGUCCGACCCGCUGAUGUCGCAGGCCAGCGCCGCCAUCGCCCUGCAGAACUCCCGCCGCAACGCCAUGCUGCUCCGCAAGGAACACGCGGCGGGGAGCCACGCCGGCGCCGGGGAGGCCCCAGGCCCCCCGGGGCCCGGUUGGCAGGCUGGCUUGACGACCCCGGACAAGGGCGCCGCCGCGGCCAAGCUGCCGCUCCUCAAGUCUCCCGGCAAGAGCGACUCGAUGCAGCUCGGCUCCGGUUUGCCCGGCCAGGAUCGCUUCUCCGUGGACCUGGACCUGGACGUGUUCAACGGCAGCCUCGAGUGCGACAUGGACUCCAUCAUCCGCAACGAGCUGAUGGAGGCCGACUGCCUGGACCUCAGCUUCGACUCCUGCCUCGCCUCCGCCCAGAACGCCAACAGGAAGUCGGGGAGCUUCUCCAGCUCCAAACAGACCUCCCCUAACAGCUGGGUCCCGAGCUGAGGAGCUGGGUGCAGAUAGGUCGGGGGGGGGGGGGGUAAAAUGUAAAUUGGGGUUCAUUGUCUCGUGUCGAGCAACUAGAAGGAAGAAAGUCUGCACAAGUGUAUCCGAGUAGUAUUCUCUGUUUCCCCCGGUAUUCCUAAUGUGAGGCAUUCAGUUAGAUACUGUAUGUUAAGUGUCCGAGACACACAAUGGUGUCUUCAGAGGAGGGACAAAAAAAAAAAAAAAUCUUUUAAAAAGAUCAAUGCCUGAGCGCUGUGAACAACAGUAUUGACUGGAAGUGCAGGACAUUUUGUUAACGCUAUUUGAAAAGCAUCCACUCGUGUUAGUCUCAGGGAAUCACUCGUGCAGUAUCACAAAGUGGUACAUGAUGCUGAGGAUGAAGUAUGUCUUCAGCCGGCUUUCUCAUCUUUCACACCCUUUCGUACCGAAAACCUGAAACAAUUUUGCCAAACCAGCUGUCAUCCUGUUGUGGGUGAUGGCCUGUUUACAGAAAAAGCUGCAGAGAAUGUUACAUUAUUACGUUCUAGUGGAGGAUACUUGACUAGCUCUUUUUUAUUUUAUUUUAUUGUUUCUUUGCCAGGCUAAAUGUUAACGAAUCCCCCCCCCCCCCAUUGAUGCAAAAGCACCAAAUAUGGAUUGACAGAGGUUUAUGUUUGAAGAUGUGAACUGAUCUACAUUGUGUGGUUGUUGUACGUAAGGUUUAUUUUAUCCUGUGAUUUUAGUGACAUAACUGUGAAUUCUGUUUCCUCAGACGAGGUGCAUUACUGAAGUCUUGAUGAUAAGGUGUUUCUGCUGCAGAUCCCUUUUGGCCGAUCUCCUCCUCUUCCUCCUCCUCCUCCUCUUUCACUUACUGCAAUAUUGGAAGUGCUCUGUAAACUGAGUUUAGGACAGAAUUAAGAACCUUGUACAGUAGGAAACAUGAGGUAGUUCUAGUGGACACCAUUUACAUCAGUGAACACGUGCGAUCUGGUUUGAAAGUAAUCACCUUAGAGGCUCGACAGCAUUUUGAUGUUUGUUCAUUUGAAGGAGUUCUUGGUGCUAUAAAUAAGAAGAUAGCAGGGUGUGGCUGCAGAUUGAGCAGCAUCUGUAGCCCCCCCUUUUGUUAUCAGCACUAAAGCAGGUGCUGGGUCAAAUAGUGUUGCCACCUCUAUACGGGGAGGUUCUGUAGGAUCUUGGAACCAUUAUGCCAUUUGAGAAAGGAACAACCACAUUGUUUAUAUAUUGCCAAAAUAUUUCUGCAUUUAAUUAAGUGGAAAUAAGAGGAUAGUGUAUAGAUAAUAGGGACCAGUGCUGUAAGGGCAAACCAAAUCAACAUCAGCACAGUUUUGUAGGAACGGCAGGCUGAACUUAUAGCAGCUGGAAACUGUCACAGAUUAUUUUUAUUGUGUUUUUCUUUUCCACAUGUAAACAUUUUGUGCAGUUCUUUUUCUCCAUACGACAUGCGGUAGAGCUGUGUAACAGCACAUUUGUUUUAUGGUCUUUUUAUUUUUAUUAAGCCUAAAAUGGUGUCUUCCUUUGAGUUUGAGAAAAUCCAAAUGUCACAGAAAUAUUGAAACUCAUUUGCUUUUCUUCUGUUUUUUGCACAAUUUCUGCACGAUGGUGCUUCCAAAUAUCAUUUUUUUUCUAGCUUCAAAUGGAUGAUUUUAUACCAACUUGAAGCUCCAUUUUCUUUUUUUUAACAUUUACAAUGAGUAACUGUCACUGCCAACCUUCACUCACUUUAUUCUUAUGGUUCCUACAAAAACAAGACACCUAGUUGUAAUUCCAUUUCCUAUCUUGACUGUAUCAGAUGGUGCAUGUAAAUAAAGCUUAAAGAACCACUGAAAAUCUGGA